AAGAUUAAUAUUAAAUUUGUAUAAUGUUUUGUGACCUUGGUGUAAAAGUAUUCGUGCAGUGUUUAUAUUUCAAUUACGGUACUCAAGUGUUGGGAGUAGAGAGGGCGGAGCUUGACAAUAAGGAUGAGUAGGGUGGGAGGGCAGUCGUUCCACAGCCGUGCUAGUGUGUGGAUGUACGCGUAGCGGUCGCUCCUGCUGGGGCUCUUGUUGUGUUAUGGUGCUUCGUAGUCCUGUUGGUUACACUUCUGGCGUUUCCUAGAUCCCUUGGAAUUUUUGGUCUCGAACAGAAUGUGUGAACUAUAAGAUACCAGUGAAAUUGUUUAGGUAAAUUUUGUGGUACAUGAGAUGAUUAUCUCUGAAGAAAGUUAAUAUGUGUUGAUUAUGAAUUUAAAGGGUUUUCUGUGAUUAUUCAGCACGAUAGCUGACGAAUUGUGCAAACAAUCUUUAUUAAUAUCAACAAUGACGUUGAAUAUUUCUGAUAAUUGAAAUUUUUUUUAACAUGUAAAUAAGUGGGGAGGAAAAUCUUAAGUUAUAGUAUGGUGUACCUAAGCGAGAGUGGGCAGGGAGGGUGGGGCGAGGUAGUGCUUCCUUCUCCGAGUUCUGAACCCCCUCCCCCAUACUCUCCCCCGCGGGUCUCUCACCACCAUCACUUCUUCCCUCAGGGGUUUCCCCACCACCACAUCUACCACGCUAUCACCGAAUAUUAUGAUCUCACAUCUUCACAGCCCAGUAGUCUCACUAGUCAUGACACGGCGUCUAUCAAGGACCCACCACCACCUUACCCGCCCACGACCACUCUUAAGACCGCUCACGCUGCCCUUAAUCACGGACCUUCUAGUGCCUUCUCCCCACCCACUAAAACCAUCAAGUAUUCCUACCCUCCGCCCUACACGCCUGCGGACAGCAAUAGCAGUGGGCGUGUGAAGAUUCCUCAGCCUCAGGUGCAGCAACAGCAAGACCCCGUCGCCCCCGGCAAUAGAGGUCUUGCCAGUGACCCUCGCCACAGGUCACGACGGCUACAUCCCCCCAGACACCAGCAGAAUAUCUCAUCUUUGGAUGAACGAUACCGCAUCAACGAAGACGACAGUAGGUCGUCAGGUGGAUCUAGAAGAGUUCCAGCAGCGACCACAGAUCGUCAUGGUGUGUAUCCUGCAUCCAGCAGGAGUGUCAUGGGAAGUGGACAUCCGCGGGGGCCGCUCCUUAGAACUGGGAAAAGCCUGGAACUACCCCAUGAACGAUUGACCCAGCACCAUCCACCGCCUACCGCCCACACCCACCCUCGCCACCUCCACCAUAGUCACCAUCGCACCAAAGACACUAGUGGGCAUCAUCGCACCAAAGAGCCUUUUGGCACCAAUACUCAAUCUAAGUCAAACCAAUUAGCUUAUGUGGGCAUCCUGCCCUGUAAACCGUCACGGGUGCGUGAUAAAGUAGUACCUCCUGUAGACCUUAGGGGUAGCAAUCGUUGCGAGGAGCAGUGGAUGACACGGGCGUCACGUCUGGAAGCUGCUGCUGCCCGAACGAUGAUGGCUGCUCGUGCAGUGCCCGUCACCGCGGUCAAUAACCAUGCCCACUCCCUCGAGUAUGAGAAUAACAUGAUGCGUGGACGACUACGGUCGUGUCGCUCUCUGGAUGAAUUGUCUGAUCUACUGGAUGAGGAGGCCAGUAUUCCUCGCCACCACCCAGUAGUCACUCGCAGCCUCGAUGACCUCACCGAGCCCCUCUACGAAAACUUCGACAUCAUUAAUGCCCACGCCCGGAGAACUCACGAGAGAACUAAACACAACACGAGUGUACCGGACUUGCUGGAGCCACCACCGCGACCCCCCCGUCAGCGUAACAGUUCCCUCUCGUCACUUCUUGAGGUGAGUAACAGCAGUGCCGCCUCGUUGUCCCGACGAGCCCUCAACACGAGCGUGCCCGACGUGUUGGAGGGCGGAGGACUCUCCUGGGGCUCACCCACCUCCACUCUGCGUUCCACUGCUUCCACUUCCGCCGCAACCUUUGAUCGUGAUGCUAUGAGCGACAUCAGUGUCCAGCUGCAGAAGAUUCGGGAGGUAGCGAGGGUACUUGGGGUAAAGUAUCGCAGGGGAGAACUUUCCUCGUCUUCCGCCAGUAGUAGUGGUGCUGGUUCCACCCACACCAGCCCUCGCAUGCCCCCCCACGCCCUAACUCCUCCCCCUCACGUCCCAGGAGUGCCUGCACGUGCACCUGUCAUCCAUGACGUGCUGAAGGAGGGUAAAAAGCUGUCACCACCACAGCAAGUGCACCCGCGCACCACCACUCUUACACGCGACACUGAUGCCACCAGCCAAGAAAGUGGUUAUGGUUCUGUAGACUCGAGAUCACACAGGCUGCAACAGUUUUACUUCCAUCACCCUCAGUCCCACGUGGGAAAGCAGCAGCAGCAUCUCAGGGAGCACCCACAUUUAAGUAAAGCUCAACAACAGCUCUCUAACAGUUCCCAGCUAGCUUCAACUCAAUAUCAGUUAGAAAAAAAUGAAUCCUCUCCGGGCUCCUCUCAACUUCAAAGAAACUGCCCGAGACUCGCUCAAGUUACUAGCCAAAGUCAACGGCAACAGAGUUUUCAGUCCAGAGAUUCCCUCCAGAAUCCACAGCAAAGUAGCACUUUCCCUACCCAGUAUAGUCAACACCAACUCGACAACCUCCAACAGCAUGCUCAACACCACCAGCAGAAACUUCACCAGAAACAUCAGCAACGCAAUCAUCACCUACAAUGGCAUCAGGCAGCGAAACAGAAGCAGCCUAUUCAACAGUUGGAACUACAUCAGGGUGUUAAUCAGGACAAGUUAGGAAUCUACAUAAAGAGUGUGGUUCCUGGAGGUGCUGCAGACCAGGAUGGGCGACUGCAAGCAGGAGAUCAGCUUUUAUCAGUGGAUGGAAAAUCCCUGAUUGGUAUCACCCAAGAGCGUGCAGCAGAGUACAUGAUGGAAACUGGUCCAGUGGUGACCUUAGAAGUGGCUCGACAAGGAGCUAUUUACCAUGGAUUGGCUACAAUCCUCUCUCAGCCAUCGCCACAUGUUAAUCGAGCAUCCCUGCGGAAGAUGCGUCCUCGGGCAGAGGAGGCUCCUCGUGCUGCCAUGACUAACAGCCAGUCCACGCCUAACAUGGGCGGGUACAACGAGCGGCUGGUGGAUUGGAAUCAGCCCCCUCGCCAGCAUCCCCUCCCCCCAACCUCCUCCCACAGCUCUGUGAUGGCCAGAUCUAGCCCCAAUCUGGCAGCUCCAGUUGAAGGUACAGAUGUGAACCAUUUGGCCUCGGCUCCUACUAACAAGCCAGCCUACGCUCAAUCCAAGCUGUCCCCUUUACGUACCUCCCUUCCUAAUUUGGGGCCCUCUAUUCUUCCUCUUUAUCCUCCUCCACUCAUAUCUGUCAUUCCUUCUGAGCGGGUAGAGGUUGGUAUCGAGCACCGCACGAUGGAUCAUACUCGCAGUAAUCCUAAUUUGCCAAAAUAUACUUUUACCCCUCCAUCAGAAACGAGCUCAACCUCCUGUAAUGUAUCCACCUCCUCAUCCUCGUCAACGUCUUCAUCAUGGAGACAACACCAGCGAGAUGUAGGUCAUGGAGCUGGGUGUGCUGCUAUCAGAAGAGGCUCUGGUCCACCUAGCUUGAUAGCUGAUGGUGGUAUAGACCUCAGUUGUCACAUGCAUGAUGAUGCUAAGCCUUGGCGCAGCCUAGUUGAUGUUUCUGUAAAAGGGAAUGUUGACAAUACUCUAGAUGAUUACUGUGAAAGGACCCCUACAACCACUAGUCCAAUGAACACAGAGCAUCCUAUAAUCCCCCAACUGGUUUCUCGUGUAUCUUGUCCUCUCCUACCAUCUCGUCCAGCUGUGUGCCCUUCCAGUGAAAUUUAUUCAAUCAGGCGCCGUCCUAAUUUGCGUCAUCAGAUGAGCAUAGCUCCUUCUAUAGCACAGUCUUCUCCUUCCCUCCUGUUGGUCCACUCCCCCCCUUCUACCCCUCCUCCAUCACAGGCGAAUUCUCUGCAGCUGCAACAAACAUCUAGUGCCGCCCCCAUCG